CAAGUUUUCUUACUCUACCUAUCAUCAUCAUGACGAGCGCUAGCGUCCAGUCUGAAUUCAAGGUCGUAUCGAUCCUUGAUACUGACUUGUACAAGUUCACGAUGCAACAGGCUAUCUUCGAAUACUAUCCCACUACCCAAGUCGUCUAUCGAUUCACGCACCGCGACAAGCACCGCCAGUUCUCCAGAGCAUGCAUACAGAAAUUUCGCGAAGCGCUGAACGGUUUCGCCGAUGUACAACUAACACAAGACGAACGCGCAUGGCUUCAAGAUAAAUGCAAGUUUUUCAAGCCUGCGUACCUCGAUUAUCUCCAGUCUUACAGGUUCAAACCUGAACAAAUCUCCGCCACCUUCCUCCCGUCUUCCGAUGACCCCGAUAUGGGCAGCGUCAAGAUCGAAGUGAGGGGCCUGUGGCUGGAGACCGUUUUAUGGGAGGUCCCGCUCAUGGCGUGUCUGUGUGAGAUGUAUUUCCGAUAUGCAGAACAAGAUUGGGAUUAUACCGGCCAGGAAGAACAAGCCACGCAUAAAGCUACAUCCCUUUUAGACGCACGAUGUACGUUCAGCGAAUUCGGGACGCGGCGCAGGCGGUCGUUCGUCACGCAUGAUUUAGUGGUGAGAGGCCUUAUCAAGGCGAGGGAUGCGCAUGAGUGGAAGCAGGGUUUUUUUGGAACCAGUAAUGUCUACUUCGCUAUGCGAUACAACCUCAAUGCGAUAGGCACGAUCGCUCACGAGUGGUUCAUGGGUAUUGCGGCGCUGGGAGAUUACAAAGACGCUGCUGGGACAGCUCUAGACCUCUGGUCCAACCUCUACGGAGACAGUCUGUCAGUCACGCUCACGGAUACGUUCUCCACUGAAGUGUUUUAUCGGGAAUUCGAUCAUAGGCGCGCUAGCCAAUGGAAAGCCCUACGUCAAGACUCGGGAGACCCAAAAGUAUUCGCACCGAGGGCUAAGCGGAUGUACGAAGAGCUCGGGAUGGAUCAUACGCAAAAAGCUAUCAUCUUCAGCGACGGGUUGGAUUUCAAGAAGGCGAAGGAGUUGAAUGAGCAGUGCCAGCUGCUGGGAUUCAAGUGUUCGUUUGGGAUUGGAACUUGGCUGACCAACGACUUCAAGACGAAGAGCAGUGGGUAUGAGGAACGGAGCAAGGCGUUGAAUAUCGUGAUCAAACUUGGGUCGAUUGAUGGGAAGGAAUGUGUGAAGAUUAGUGACGAGCUUACAAAGAAUACGGGAGUUCCGGAAGUUGUAGCAAAGGUUAAAGAGAUGUUCCAGAUAUCGGUCUCGUAGACCCAGUGUAGACCAGUAGCUGUGUGAGUGAUGGUACUUUUGUGAAUGAGAACUUGGAUUGACGAUGGGAUGGCGUUGUCUUGCCAAUCCAGGGUUUCCAAAGGCCAACAACGAAUUGUCCAGGUGGUCGUGUAUUAGAAUAGAAUGACUGUAGUAUUAAAUUAUUCAUGCCAAAGCCACGUAACGAGCCCUGAUCAUCAGUUCAUGGGAGCAUCAGAGAGAUGCUUUCGGACAGCCACAGCAUUCAGAUCGCCCAGCGCUGCGCGGCUGCGGCGCCAGAACCGGUGAAAGAACGACCAUUGUGAGGUGAGGUUCUUACACCAGUAUGUAUUAUGUACUAGAAAAUUAUGCGAUUAUAUUUAUAAAGACAGCUUUUGAGAGGUUACGAUGCUUGAAACAUAGCGUGACGCAUCGCUCUCGUCUACAGCAUUUUCGACUACCUGUGUAGUUUCAGAUGUCCA